GGGCCUUCCCGGGCAGGGGACCCGGGGGGUGUGCCCCCGCGGCCGGAGCCCCCACGCUCCAGGCCUCGCCACAAUGUGCCCAGCUCCUGCAGGGCCGCGGUAAACAAUGAAGGAGGGGGGUGACCCCGCCGGCGGCGGCGGCGGGGUGGGUCCCGCACUCCCCCGACAGUCCAAUCCUCGGUCACAUUGUUGAGAAGCAGAUGUCAUUAUGGGUGGAGCUGACACUGCCGAGCAGCUGAAACAUUUUUCUAGCCCAACUCACUCCCAGCCUGCCCCGGGAGAGGGUCUGCGCCCCACACAGUGUCAACUGAGGAAAGCUGGACAGAGAGCAGUCCCGGAAGGUGCCAAACUCACAGGUGUGGCUACUACUACCUGUAAGGGAGCAACUUAUCAAUUCUGUUUUGGUAUACCAAGGUUGCAGAAGUCCAACUAACAGUGAAUGGUAGUGUCUAGAAAGGGUAUGUCCCUUCAGGAGAGAGGUGCCAAUGUCCAACCGGCCUAAUAACAAUCCAGGGGGGUCACUGCGACGUUCACAGAGGAACACUGCCGGGGCCCAACCACAAGACGACUCCAUAGGAGGAAGGUCACAUUUAGGGCAGGCAAAACAUAAGGCAUAUAGCCCUCCUGAGAGUAGAAAAUCUAUUUCUAAGGCACCCAAAGUGCAGUCUAAUACUACUUCUGAACAGUCAAGGGGACACAUUUCUAAAAGAAGCUGCAGCUCAUCGUCUGCUGUCAUAGUUCCACAAUCAGAAGAUCCAGACAGAGCCAAUACUUCAGAAAAGCAAAAAACGGGGCAAGCGCCUAAGAAAGACAGUUCUCGAGGAGUGAAACGCAGUGCCAGUCCAGAUUACAACAGGACCAAUUCUCCAAGCUCUGCUAAGAAACCCAAAGCCCUCCAACACACUGAACCUUCUUCAGAAACCAACAGACCCCAUUCUAAAUCAAAGAAGAGGCAUUUAGAGCAAGAACAGCCACUGAAAUCUGCACCAUUGCCAUCCACAAGCAAGGCACACACCAGAAAGGGUGGAGCUGCCGGCAGUUCACGCAGUCAGAAGAGGAAAAGGACAGAAAGUUCUUCUUGUAUAAAGAGUGGUUCAGUGUCUGAAUCAACUGGUGCUGAAGAGCGAUCAGCAAAACCCACCAAGCUGGCUUCAAAAUCGGCCACCUCAGCCAAAGCUGGGUGUAGCACCAUCACCGAUUCCUCUUCUUCUGCUUCGACAUCUUCCUCGUCUUCUGCAGUUGCCUCUGCUUCCUCCACUGUACCACAGGGGGCCAGAGUGAAACAAGGAAAAGACCAAAACAAGGCUAGGCGUUCCCGGUCAGCAUCUAGUCCCAGUCCCCGAAGAAGUAGCCGGGAAAAGGAGCAGAGUAAAACUAGCGGCUCUUCUAAGUUUGAUUGGGCUGCUCGUUUUAGUCCUAAAGUGAGCCUGCCUAAAACAAAACUGUCUCUACCAGGGUCUUCUAAGUCAGAGACAUCAAAACCUGGACCUUCAGGAUUACAAGCUAAAUUAGCAAGUUUAAGAAAAUCUACCAAGAAGCGCAGUGAGUCACCACCUGCUGAGCUCCCCAGUUUGCGGCGGAGCACACGCCAAAAGACCACGGGCUCCUGUGCUAGUACCAGUCGGCGAGGCUCUGGCCUGGGGAAAAGAGGAGCGGCUGAAGCUCGCCGACAGGAGAAGAUGGCAGACCCUGACAGCAACCAGGAUGGAGUUAACUCAUCAGCUGCGCGCACAGAUGACCCUCCACAAGGAGCUGCAGCUUCUAGUUCUGUUGCUGGGGCUGUAGGCAUGACCACCUCUGGUGAGAGUGAGUCAGAUGAUUCAGAGAUGGGAAGACUGCAAGCUCUGUUAGAGGCUAGGGGUCUUCCUCCUCACCUGUUCGGUCCUCUUGGUCCUCGGAUGUCACAACUUUUCCACAGGACAAUUGGAAGUGGAGCUAGUUCUAAGGCCCAGCAGCUUCUACAAGGACUACAAGCUACUGAUGAAAGUCAGCAGCUUCAGGCAGUGAUUGAGAUGUGUCAAUUAUUGGUCAUGGGAAAUGAGGAGACAUUGGGAGGGUUUCCAGUAAAAAGUGUUGUUCCAGCUUUGAUAACACUGCUGCAGAUGGAGCAUAAUUUUGAUAUUAUGAACCAUGCCUGUCGAGCCUUAACAUACAUGAUGGAAGCACUGCCCAGAUCAUCUGCUGUGGUGGUGGAUGCCAUUCCUGUUUUUUUGGAAAAGCUGCAAGUGAUUCAAUGUAUUGAUGUGGCAGAGCAGGCUUUAACCGCCUUGGAGAUGCUAUCGCGUAGACACAGCAAAGCCAUUCUGCAGGCGGGAGGUUUGGCAGACUGCCUGCUGUAUCUGGAGUUCUUCAGCAUAAAUGCCCAGAGAAAUGCUCUAGCAAUUGCGGCCAAUUGCUGCCAGAGUAUCACACCGGAUGAGUUUCACUUUGUGGCAGAUUCCCUCCCCUUGCUUACCCAAAGGCUUACCCACCAGGACAAGAAGUCAGUAGAAAGCACUUGUCUUUGUUUUGCACGACUAGUGGACAACUUCCAACAUGAGGAGAAUUUGCUUCAGCAGGUUGCCUCUAAGGAUUUGCUCACCAAUAUUCAGCAAUUGUUGGUCGUUACUCCACCAAUUCUAAGCUCUGGGAUGUUUAUUAUGGUGGUCCGCAUGUUUUCCUUGAUGUGUUCUAACUGUCCAACUCUAGCAGUUCAACUUAUGAAGCAAAAUAUUGCAGAAACACUUCACUUCCUUCUGUGUGGGGCCUCAAAUGGCAGUUGCCAGGAACAAAUUGAUCUUGUUCCACGAAGUCCGCAAGAACUUUAUGAGCUGACAUCUCUUAUUUGUGAAUUGAUGCCAUGUUUACCAAAAGAAGGAAUUUUUGCUGUUGAUACCAUGCUAAAAAAGGGAAAUGCACAAAACACUGAUGGUGCAAUAUGGCAAUGGCGAGAUGACAGGGGUCUUUGGCAUCCCUACAACAGGAUUGAUAGCCGGAUAAUUGAGGUAGCAGCUCAUCAGGUCGGUGAGGAUGAGAUAAGCUUGUCUACCUUAGGGCGAGUUUAUACUAUUGAUUUUAAUUCUAUGCAGCAAAUCAAUGAGGACACCGGAACUGCACGUGCUAUUCAGAGAAAACCUAACCCAUUAGCCAAUACUAACACUAGUGGAUAUUCAGACUUAAAGAAGGAUGAUGCUCGAGCGCAGCUAAUGAAAGAGGACCCAGAACUGGCUAAGUCUUUCAUUAAGACAUUGUUUGGUGUUCUUUAUGAAGUGUAUAGUUCUUCAGCAGGACCUGCAGUCAGACAUAAGUGCCUUAGAGCAAUUCUUAGGAUAAUUUAUUUUGCGGAUGCCGAGCUUCUGAAGGAUGUGCUGAAAAAUCAUGCUGUUUCAAGUCACAUUGCUUCCAUGCUGUCAAGUCAAGACCUGAAGAUAGUAGUUGGAGCCCUUCAAAUGGCUGAAAUCUUAAUGCAGAAAUUGCCUGAUAUUUUUAGUGUUUACUUCAGAAGAGAAGGUGUGAUGCAUCAAGUAAAAAAUUUAGCAGAGUCUGAGGCUUUGCUAACAAGUCCACCAAAGGCGUGCACCAAUGGAUCGGGGACCUUGGGUUCCAACACCACAAUCAGCACGGGGACAGCCACCGCUGCCAGCAACGCAACUGCGGACUUGGGCUCCCCCAGCUUACAGCACGGCAGAGAUGAUUCUUUAGACCUGAGUCCACAGGGUCGACUAAGUGACGUCCUCAAGAGAAAACGACUGCCAAAACGUGGGCCAAGAAGGCCAAAGUACUCUCCUCCAAGGGAUGACGACAAAGUAGACAAUCAAGCUAAAAGCCCUACUACUACACAGUCUCCUAAAUCUUCUUUCCUGGCAAGCUUGAAUCCCAAAACAUGGGGCAGAUUAAGCGCACAGUCCAAUAGCAACAACAUUGAACCAGCCCGGACGGCCGGAGUCAGUGGUCUCGCCAGGGCCGCCUCAAAGGACACCAUCUCUAACAAUAGAGAAAAAAUUAAGGGUUGGAUUAAGGAACAAGCUCAUAAAUUUGUGGAACGCUAUUUCAGCUCUGAGAAUAUGGAUGGAAGCAAUCCUGCACUAAAUGUCCUUCAGAGGCUUUGCACUGCAACUGAACAACUCAACCUCCAGGUGGAUGGUGGAGCUGAGUGCCUUGUAGAAAUCCGGAGCAUAGUCUCAGAGUCUGAUGUCUCCUCGUUUGAAAUCCAGCAUAGUGGGUUUGUGAAACAGUUGCUGCUUUACUUGACAUCCAAAAGUGAAAAAGAUGCUGUGAGCAGAGAUAUCAGAAUUAAAAGAUUCCUUCACGUCUUUUUUUCUUCUCCGCUUCCUGGAGAAGAACCAAUUGGAAGAUUGGAACCGAUGGGAAAUGCACCUUUGUUGGCAUUAGUUCACAAAAUGAACAACUGCCUUAGUCAGAUGGAGCAGUUUCCAGUUAAAGUUCAUGAUUUUCCAAGUGGAAAUGGAACGGGGAGCAGUUUUUCUCUCAACAGAGGAUCACAAGCUUUAAAAUUUUUCAACACACACCAGUUAAAAUGCCAACUGCAAAGACAUCCUGACUGUGCAAAUGUGAAACAAUGGAAGGGUGGACCUGUGAAGAUAGACCCGCUGGCGUUGGUGCAAGCCAUUGAGAGAUACCUUGUAGUCAGAGGCUAUGGCAGAGUCAGAGAAGAUGAUGAAGACAGUGAUGAUGAUGGUUCAGAUGAAGAAAUAGAUGAGUCUUUGGCAGCUCAGUUCUUAAAUUCGGGAAAUGUAAGACAUAGACUGCAAUUCUACAUUGGAGAUCAUUUACUGCCAUAUAAUAUGACUGUGUAUCAGGCAGUUAGACAGUUCAGUAUACAGGCUGAAGAGGAGAGGGAAUCUACAGAUGAUGAAAGCAAUCCAUUAGGAAGAGCUGGCAUUUGGACAAAGACUCACACGAUAUGGUAUAAACCUGUAAGAGAAGAUGAAGAUGGUAGCAAAGAGUCUGUUGGUGGUAAAAGGGGAAGGGCCCAAACAGCUCCAACAAAAACUUCGCCUAGAAAUGCAAAAAAACAUGAUGAAUUGUGGCAUGAUGGAGUAUGCCCAUCAGUAUCAAAUCCUUUAGAAGUUUACCUCAUAUCUUCCCCACCUGAAAAUAUAACUUUUGAAGACCCUUCAUUAGAUGUGAUCCUUCUUUUAAGAGUUUUACAUGCCAUCAGUCGUUAUUGGUAUUAUUUAUAUGAUAAUGCAAUGUGCAAGGAAAUUAUUCCAACUGGUGAAUUUAACAACAGUAAACUGACUGCAAAAGCAAACAGGCAGCUUCAGGAUCCUUUGGUAAUCAUGACAGGAAACAUCCCAGCGUGGCUCACUGAGCUUGGAAAAACCUGCCCAUUUUUCUUUCCAUUUGACACUCGGCAAAUGCUUUUUUAUGUUACUGCGUUUGAUCGAGACCGGGCCAUGCAGAGGUUAUUAGACACCAACCCAGAAAUCAAUCAGUCAGACUCUCAGGACAGCAGAGUUGCCCCUCGACUUGAUAGAAAAAAGCGAACUGUGAAUAGAGAAGAGCUUUUGAAACAGGCAGAGUCUGUGAUGCAGGAUCUUGGCAGCUCAAGGGCCAUGUUGGAAAUUCAGUAUGAGAAUGAAGUUGGUACAGGUCUUGGGCCUACACUGGAAUUUUAUGCACUUGUAUCUCAGGAACUACAGAGAGCUGACUUAGGCCUCUGGAGAGGCGAAGAAGUAACUCUAACUAAUCCAAAAGGAAGCCAAGAAGGGACCAAGUACAUUCAAAACCUCCAAGGCCUGUUUGCACUUCCCUUUGGCAGAACAGCCAAACCAGCGCAUAUUGCUAAGGUUAAGAUGAAGUUUCGCUUUUUAGGAAAAUUAAUGGCCAAGGCUAUCAUGGAUUUCAGAUUGGUGGACCUUCCCCUUGGCUUGCCUUUUUAUAAAUGGAUGCUUCGACAAGAAACUUCACUUACAUCACAUGAUUUGUUUGAUAUUGACCCAGUUGUAGCAAGAUCAGUAUAUCAUCUAGAAGAUAUUGUCAGACAAAAGAAAAGACUUGAACAAGAUAAAUCACAGACCAAAGAGAGUCUACAGUAUGCAUUGGAGACCUUGAAUAUGAAUGGCUGCUCAGUGGAAGACCUAGGAUUGGAUUUCACGCUACCAGGGUUUCCCAACAUAGAACUAAAGAAAGGGGGAAAGGAUAUACCUGUCACCAUCCACAAUCUAGAAGAAUAUCUACGACUGGUUAUAUUCUGGGCACUAAAUGAAGGUGUUGCCAGGCAGUUUGAUUCAUUCAGAGAUGGAUUUGAAUCAGUCUUCCCACUCAGCCAUCUUCAGUACUUCUAUCCUGAGGAACUGGAUCAGCUUCUGUGUGGCAGUAAAGCAGACACUUGGGAUGCAAAGACACUGAUGGAAUGCUGCAGGCCCGAUCAUGGCUAUACUCAUGACAGUCGAGCUGUGAAGUACCUGUUUGAGAUUCUCAGUGGUUUUGAUAACGAGCAGCAGAGAUUAUUUCUUCAGUUUGUGACUGGUAGCCCAAGAUUGCCUGUAGGAGGCUUCCGAAGUUUGAAUCCUCCUUUGACAAUUGUCCGCAAGACCUUUGAGUCCACAGAAAAUCCAGAUGACUUCUUGCCCUCAGUAAUGACUUGUGUGAACUAUCUCAAGUUGCCAGACUAUUCAAGUAUUGAGAUAAUGCGUGAAAAACUGUUGAUAGCUGCCAGAGAGGGGCAGCAGUCAUUCCAUCUUUCCUGAUCACAAUGAAAAAUGCAAUGUCUGCCUGUUACAGCAAAAGAGAAAAAAAAUCAUGAUUUCUUUUCUAAAUGUAUCACCCGAGUCAAGGAAACGUGUUAUUCCUUCUUGUAGAAAAACGGCUUGCAGAUUAUAAAAGAGACACUUGGUUGAUAUUUCUCAAUGGCCCCAUGGACUUAAAGUGAUCAGGCCCUAAAAAGUUGUUGUGACAAGGUUUCUUUAGCAAGUUCUUGUUUAAAUUAUCAUUUAUUUGAUGAGUGAAGUUUUUAAACUUGCUUUGCUGUGUGAAAUUUAAAAAGGGAUGUUUUUCCAGGCUGGAACAAUAAAUGUCGCUGUGCAGUUUAAUACUGGGCUGUGUGUAUCCAUCUAGCUAAGUCUGCAGUUUUAUUUCCUCCAAAGACAACUUUUGUACAUAAGUACAGAAAUUAAAACUCACAUGUGUUUGACAUAUAGUUUAGUAGACUAGCUCUCUGUACCUUCACUUGCCUCUGAUUUUUCUCCCUCCGUGUAUUGUCUGAUGUGCAAUUCACAUGGUUCUUUUUUGUGUACAGCACUCACAACAAUUGUUACAUUUUCGUUGGCGUGGGCGUUUACCGUUCCAUGUUUUUUCUCAAAUUAAGAUAUAAUUUAAAUUUUACUGAAUUAAAAUAUAUUGUCAAUAUAACAGCCUUUGUAACUAGGUAGAUUCUUUCAUAUAGCUUAGUUUUAAUGUAGUUGUAGGCUCUAUUGGCGCUACAGCCUUUACCAGAUGACACGCUAGGACUGUUGACACAGUUAUUUUGGGCAACAAAAGCCUCCAAAAUGGAGGUGAGGAAGAAAUCAUUUUUUUGUGUGUGUGUAGUUGAAAAAUUGAACAGAUUGGGCUGGCCAGUAUUUAUUAUUAUAUGGCCAGAGCAUUUUGAAUUGAUGUAAAGUUUUAAAAGUAAAUUAGCAGUUUUCAUCCCCUGUUCUAGGAAAGCUUUUUUUUCCCUUGUUCUUAAGUUCUUGCUUUUCUUUCAUAGUUUUGCUUUCAUUCCUCUCUCUUAACCCUUCCUUCCUUCCCUCCCUCCCUUCUCACCCCCAGUGCUAGCUUGGAACAAACAGUUCAGCCUUUGUCUUGAACACAGAUAAAGCACCUGUAAGCAAUGCUCUGUCCAACUGUUUUAUGUGCUGAUUUCUCAAAUCUGCAAUAAUUUACUUCAUCAGGUUAAUGUUUUUACCUGAAUAUAAAUAAAUAAAGUUUGCUUCACCUUUUUGUUUAUAGUUUUGUACUGUAUCCAUAAGUUCAAUUGUGUAAAUUUAUUUCAAUGCUAGUAAAUCAUUUAAAUCUCCAUGGCUAAUUGCCUAUGGUCAUGGCUGAUUUGCUAUUUAAACAAGAGUUUGCAAUAUAUGCUGUUAAAUUCUGUGGAGAGAUGAGUGAAGUGAAGGAGAUUCUUUCCUUCCAUGGGUUAAAAAUUUACAGUUUGCUACAAACAUUCUUGAGAAAAAACUUUCUAUGAUUCAUCUCUGAAAAUCUGAGAUGAGUUAAUUAUUUUUAUUCAACUUUGAGAAAUCAAAUUUAUUUUUAGUUUGAUCACGUGUUCAAAAAUUUAUUUUGUCAAUGUAAGAAUUCCUAUCUUCCUCCCCUUUUCAUCCCUAAAGUAUCUUAGUGGCUUGUUUUAUUUCAGUGGAUGUGUCAUUUUAGAAUAAAUUUAAAUGGCCUUUCACAGAAUUUUUUUACAGUUAAAUUAGUCACAGAAUUUCAUAUGAAGCAAAUCCAGCUAAGUGCCAUUGAACUAUAACUCAAACUUGUGAUGAAGUAUGAAAUUUGAGAUCAUUGAGGAAAGAAUCUGAAAAUUACAAAACCAUAUUAAAAUUGAAUAAAGAAAUUGCAUUUCUACGUGUGACAUUGGAUAGCAUGAUUAAUUUCAUUUAAAAAAGGGCAGUGUUAGAGCAUGGAUUAAUUUGUUUCAUAUUGUUGGUACUUUUUUUUUAAGCUAAGCACAACAGUUUUGUGUUUUAUAAUGUCUGGGUAUAGCAUUUUGCUCUGCAUUAAAAAAAAAAUCUAUAUUUUAAAAACUUUAGAUCUGUGUUGCCCAAAAAGGGGGCAAGUAAUGUUUUAUAUUAAAAUAUCUGUAUUUGAUAUUUUUUUAAAUCCAUGUUGUCUCCCUGCCUAAUGUAGCUACAUUGGUUCACAUCUAAAAUAGAUACAAUUAUGAUUUCCCAUUGAAGUUCCUAAGUGCGAAUAAAUCAGUCACCUCCUGUGACAAUACCAAGAGAUUAUUAUCGACCAAUUUAAAAAAAACAAAAACCUAAACUUUAAAUUCUUUUAGUGGUUGAGCACUCCUGUCUCAAAACCAACAGAUUUAUUCAUUAGCUCUCUGUUGAAGGUUUCAGAGAUUGACUGCAGGUUAUAAGCUGCUUCCUUCCCAUUAGGCAACCUUUGUUGGCCGGUGUCAAGCACAGCACUGUGCCACCGGAUGAAAACUUUUCUAUCAGUGGCUUUUGCUGGGCCUUAAAGUUCCAUCAUACUGUUCUCCACAAGCAGUAGUCACUUUAAAAAGUAAAUUACAGAUAACAAGGUAUUCAGUGGGGCUUUAUUGUUCCUUUGAUUUCUGCUGAAUUGGUUUCAAAUUAACAUGGAUUGUAACUGAAAUAAGUCUGUUGGCUUCUUUAGUUCUCUAAAGGACACAUCCAUGCCUACCGUUAGUUCUUAGCAGGUGUGGUCAAGUGAAUUCAUAUUUUUUUUUUGGCAGAGCUUUUUAGAGCACGUCCAUAAAUUUGGGGGUGGGGGGAGGAAUUUAACCACUGCACUUUUUAAUCCAGCUCACUUUGCUUCAUCCAUGGCAGAAGGGACUGGAAGAGUUAGCAUAAAUGAAAUCAGCAGUCUUGACUAACUCUGAAUAAAAAACUUGCUUGCCCUGAAGGAUUGGAUAAAUAUAGAUGCUUACCAGGUUAGAAAUCAGUCAUGAGUAGACAGUAGAAUUGGUUAUCUUUUUUUUUAAGAGUACAAUGAAAGUCAUAAAGUUGGUAUAUAUUGCACUUACAAAGUACAGUAAAAGUUACAGUCUUAUAAAAGGAAGGUUGAUCUAACACAUGGGGUCACCACACACAGCUCCUAUGUACAUAUAACACAGUUACUCUGUCAUUGUCAUGCAGCCUAUAAAGAAGAUUGAUUCCUUGACUUCUAGGUCCAUCACGUUCUUUGUCACUAAUGUCAAAUGCAUCCCAAGGAACUGCCAUCAAUCAACUCUUGGUUUUCCACUUCAAGCAAAGCCCUCCAGCAAAUUUUUAAUGCUUGGUUGCUUCCUUAACUGCCAGUGGGGCAAAGUAUAUGCAAAAACCCCACCACACACACUUCUCAGCAUUAAGGGUGUGAUUUCAAGAUACAAAAAUGCCAUUUUUAGCUGAACAUUCUGUAUUCAGGAGGGUGCAUCUGGUUGGGGGGAAAUUGUAAAUGCUUUCCAAAACCCAAAUCAGCUGAAUUAUUUCCUUUAUGGGAUUGUAGAUACUAUCAGUUUCACCAGUAGCAUGGAGGAUGAUCCAAGAGUUGACUCAACAGUUCAGUCAUUUAAGGUUUUCUUUCCACACUUUGCUUCUGUCCUUCAUUGUAAUAUAAGACCAUGGUUUUUACAAUGUC